UUUUGAUAUUCGUCCGAAGCUUAUGCGUUCUCCUUAAACGCCCCCUCCAACGAUCGAGAUAAACAACUCGAAGGCGAAUUCUUCUCAGAGACAGCUGGAGCUAACGGUUACACACUGCUCGAAGAAAUAGCACAGAUGGACUCUGUGCCUCCAAGGCCAAGCUCGGACAUGCGUAAGCUGAGGUCGCGUGAUGCGGCCCGCUGUAGGCGAAGUCAGGAGACGGAGGUGUUUUACGAGCUCGCCCAUUCCUUGCCACUUGCAAGGCGUGUCACAUCCCACUUGGACAAAGCUGCCAUCAUGCGAGUGACCCUCAGCUACCUGCGCAUGCGUCAACUCCUCCGCUCCACAACAACCAAAAUGGAGCCGGGCACUGAGGAAGAGGAGGAUCCUACAGAUGCGUUCUACCAGCAGGCACUGGCUGGUUUUAUUCUGGUGAUGACUGAAGAAGGAGACAUGAUCUUUCUCUCUGACAAUGUCAGCAAGUACAUCGGCAUCGCGCAGCUGGAGCUGCUUGGACAGAGUGUGUAUGACUUCGUCCACCCUUGUGAUCAGGAGGAGCUGAGAGACCUCCUUACCACUAAGUCAGGACUUUGUAAGAAGAAGACAGAAAGGUUUAUUGAGCGCAACUUCUUCCUUCGGAUGAAGAGCACCCUCACCAGCCGAGGCAGAACAGUGAAUAUCAAGUCUGCCUCUUGGAAGGUGCUUCACUGCACAGGUCAUAUGCAGACCUUCAGCAGUGAACUGGAGAGUUCGUCCCCUGUUGGGAGCUACCUAACUCUGCUCUGUGAGCCCAUCCCCCACCCAGGCUGUGUGGAGUUCCCACUGGACAGCAGCACCUUCCUCUCCCGCCACAACAUGGACAUGAGCUUCACACAGUGUGACGGCCGGGUGACUGAACUUGUUGGAUACCAGCCUGAGGACCUGGUUGGUCGAUCAGCCUAUGAGUUUUUCCAUGCCUUGGAUUUUGACCAUGUCACAAAGAGCUUACACAUCUUGUUCUCCAAAGGUCAGGUGUGCACCAGCCAGUACCGCUUCCUUGCUAAAAAUGGAGGCUUUGUCUGGUCUGAGACCCAGGCCACUGUCCUUUACAAUGGAAAGACUUCCCAGCCAGAGGCUGUGGUGUGCCUCAACUUCAUCCUUAGCGGAGUAGAGCAUGCAGACACUGUGUUCUCUGUGGAGCAGACUUGUAAUGAACUGAAGCCAGACAGGCUGAGUCUGACUGUGAUGGAGGUGGAGGAUUGUGAGGAUGAGCUGAGUAGCAGCAGCAGCUCUGAGCUCUUCAACAAGCUGAAGGACAGCCCCGAGGAUCUGCUACAGCUGGCACCAGCUGCUGGAGAUACCAUCAUACCCCUGACAGAGCACAUGGACUUGUCUUUUUGCCCACCAUCUAGCCCUGAUAGUGUCCCUGAAUGUCCUAAGGACCUUUGCACCCCCAAACUCCGCCAGCUUCUCUCACCCAUAUUCGACAGCCCUUCUCCUGCCUCACCCAGCUCAGUCGAAGAGUUUCCCAUGGAUACCGGUGAUGUUGAGAAAUUUUUCGCUCUCAAGCCUGAGGAGAGCGCUGCUCAGAAAGGACUGACAGAGGACUUGGAUGAAAUGGAUCUGGACAUGCUUGCUCCGUAUAUCUCUAUGGAUGAUGACUUCCAGCUCACCUUCCUGCCCCAGUUCCCUGAGGCAGGGUCAUCCUCUGCAGAUGUGCUAACUGCACCUUCAAGGAAAAGAGGCCUGGAGGAAGAUGAUGACUUGCCUUCUUUAACCACCAACUGGGAGAAGAGACAUAAAGACAGCCCCUUAGAGGAGGAGCUUCUGCUCAGCCAUGCUUCCCUGGCGGGCGUGCUGGUUACAGAUUCAGAAGAGAUCGUCCCUCCAACUUGGAAAAGAAGUCAGCUCCUGACAGACCGGGAUCCAGUGCUGGGAGGGACGCAAGCCCUUGGCAAUACAGCAGCUCUCCUGGGGGAUCCUUUCACAUCACAAAAGCCUGAUUUAAGGGCUCAGAUAUCUGGGACUACAUCAUCUCUCACCUGAGGAAGAAAAAGUGGAUCAUUAAACAACUAUGGUGCUUAACUUUAUGGGUUAACCUGUUUGGCUGUCUUUCUAUUAUGAAUUCACAGACCUGACCAUGUCUUUUCUGCCCUGAUGUGAACACUGAACUGAGCACUCAAAGUGAUUCAACACUUGUGCAUGAGAAUCAAACCGGAAGUCUGCAGCACAGAUAAUAAGAAUGAUCAAAAUGCAGUUCAAGGAAACCCUGUAAUCCAUCAUCAGUGAGUUAAAGCUAUUUUGAACAGAAGUGUAAAAGUGACCUGAAAGAAGAAAAUCCUCACCCACUUAUUGUCUCCAACUAAAGACCUGAGAAACAGCUGAGUGGCUAGCCAGGGCCCAGUUGAGUGACCAGAAUGAUCUGACCAGACUUUCAUAAGUCUCCUUACCUUGAUCAUGGGUUAUAAUAUCAGAUUUUGAGGAGAAAUAUAUUGUCGAGAGGGACUUCGUCCUAAACAUCUUCCACUGUGUUCAUGCGCCUCAGAAAGAGCUGGCCAGUGAGUAUAAAACCUUGUACCAUCCUAACAGACAACUUGCUCAAACUUGCUUCACACAACACAGACCUCAGUCUCACUAGAGAUGAAAAUGAUAAAAGAUUGGACAACCACAGUCUUCUGCUUUUUUAUGUGAAUUCUUCUGUUGCAUUACUGAACAUGGCCAAAGCGUUUCUUGAACUGAGGGUUAACUGGCCUGGCUUUUCACAAUGGUGUUGUUGUAUGAGCCUUAGUGUAAUAUCCCACCACAUUUCAUCACUUUAUGAAACUUUAGCAGCAUUGUUAGGCAGCCUCAGUUUUGCUGUGCUUUUGUGACUACAAACAUUUUCAUAGUUGGUCCAUCUGAAAUGAAAUGGGUGAUUUUGGUUUAUAUAUGAGCCUUACUUUAAACAGCUGUUGUGAUUUACUUCUAUAUUACUGAGCAUUGCCAUAGACAAAAAAAUGCAACAAAUACUCUCCUUUUAUCAGUGGCAUCUUUUUAUAAUAGCAUUUUAUAUACUUUUGCAUAUACAACAUAAGUGAAUGAAUAUACCAAUUGUCUUUUUGUUCAAUUACAGAAUCUAAUGUUCAGUUUCUCUUGUAUUUUUGUUUUCCUUUUCUGUGUCUUUUGAAAGAUGAGCUUAAUAAGGGAGCCUUAUCUCUUAGCAUUUUGAAGUAUAUGUACUUUUACUGUAGUUGUUGUAUUGCUAGAGGGGGAGGAUUUACAUUGUCGUUUUUUCAUAUUUAAUCAGUAUGCCAGAUCUUGAUCUAAUGGAUCAGAUUCUGCUAAUACAGGAUUAGUUCUCACAUUUGGAAAAGGUUACUUCAUGGGUUUGUUCUCAGUGUCAUGCGUUUUGUUUUGGGAGGGGUGAUGAAAAGAAAUGAAAAUUCCAAGAUUUCCUUUUUUUUUUUUUUUUUUUUUUUUUAAAUUCUUUCUCCCCCUGUUGAAGAUCCAGGUUGAAGGGCCUAAAUAUUAUAUUGGUAGAAAUUAGACACUGCUAGAUUUGCCUUGCUUUUACUUUUCUUGCAUUUCUAAAAUUCUAGUAUGUCUUCGGUUUUUCAAGUUUCUCAACCAUGUCUUGUAUUCGCUGUGUUAACAGAAAUACAAUAAAAAUGGCUUAAAUGUAUUCAUGAGAGCUGCAUCAUUGGAAACCC